UAGUGUCACGUGAGGCCCAGGUGGCGUUGGAGCUACGGCAAGAGAGUGAGAAGAGGAAGGGGAAGGCGGAAGGGGUGCCAGUGAAGCAAAGGGGAAAAGACAGCCCCUCAGCUGACGAGGGGAGCGCGUGCACCCACCUCUUAUUUUCCCCAACUCUCCCCUAGGCCCCGCCGCUGUCUUUCGGGGCCUAGUGACAGCUGGGCUCGGCCCGCCGCGUGCUGCCUGGGGCUCGAGGAGCGCGCGCCCUGCCCUGCCCCGCAGUAUCGCGCGCGGCACCCGCCGCCCCUCCCCCUCGUCCGCUCCGUCCGUCCCGUCGCGUCGUUUCCCACCCUGUCCCGUACCUUCCGGGGCUGCCGGCACGGUUCCGAUGCGAGUCUGCGGCAUCGGGGACAUUUUGUGACUCCCCCGGCCCUGCCCGGCAGCCCUUCCCACCCCGUCGCGGGGCCCCAGGAUGCAGAAUGUGAUUAACACGGUGAAGGGAAAGGCACUGGAAGUGGCUGAGUACCUGACCCCGGUCCUCAAGGAAUCAAAAUUUAAGGAAACAGGUGUAAUCACCCCAGAAGAGUUUGUGGCAGCUGGAGAUCAUUUAGUCCACCACUGUCCAACAUGGCAAUGGGCUACAGGGGAAGAAUUGAAAGUGAAGGCAUACCUACCAACAGGGAAACAAUUUUUGGUAACCAAAAAUGUGCCAUGCUACAAAAGGUGCAAACAGAUGGAGUAUUCCGAUGAAUUGGAAGCUAUCAUUGAAGAAGAUGAUGGUGAUGGCGGAUGGGUAGAUACAUACCACAACACAGGUAUUACAGGAAUAACUGAAGCAGUUAAGGAGAUAACACUGGAAAGCAAGGACAGUAUAAAACUCCAGGAUUGCUCAGCACUAUGUGAAGAGGAGGAAGAGGAAGAUGAAGGAGAAGCUGCAGACAUGGAAGAAUAUGAAGAGAGUGGAUUGCUGGAAACAGACGAGGCUACCCUAGACACAAGAAAAAUAGUAGAAGCUUGUAAAGCUAAAACUGAUGCUGGAGGUGAAGAUGCUAUUUUGCAAACCAGAACUUAUGACCUAUACAUCACUUAUGAUAAAUAUUACCAGACUCCUCGACUAUGGUUGUUUGGCUACGAUGAGCAAAGGCAACCUUUAACAGUUGAGCACAUGUAUGAAGACAUCAGUCAAGAUCAUGUGAAGAAAACAGUGACCAUUGAAAAUCACCCUCAUCUCCCACCACCUCCUAUGUGUUCAGUUCACCCAUGCAGGCAUGCUGAAGUGAUGAAGAAAAUCAUUGAGACUGUUGCGGAAGGAGGGGGAGAGCUUGGUGUUCAUAUGUAUCUUCUAAUUUUUUUGAAAUUUGUACAAGCUGUCAUUCCAACAAUAGAAUAUGACUACACAAGACAUUUCACAAUGUAAUGAAGAAAGCAUAGAAUCUAUCCUAAUUAUUGGUUCUGAUUUUUAAAGAAUUAACCCAUAGAUGUGACCACUGACCAUAUUUACCAAUAUGUACAAUUUCUCUAAUAAAGGGAAUUAUAUGUUUAUGCAUUAAAUAAAAAAGUUCCACUACCAGCCUUAUUUGUUUAAUAAAAAUGAGUGUGAAGAGA